AUGGCAUCCAACCCAUUCCAAGUGCCGGGAAGCGAGUUCGAGUUCUCCUUCUCCGCAUUCGGCGGCCCGUCCAACCCAUUCAAUGGGUCGACGCCAGUACCACCCCCAGCUCCUCUGGCUCCGGCCAUGAGUGCGCCCCCGUCCGAAGCCGAUGGGCUUCGUGACAUCAUCCGGGCCGGCAACCAAGCUGUCGCCGCGCUGAAUGGGGAGAUCGAGGAGCUGAAGCGUGCGCUUCUCCUCGAGGAGAAGAAGCGCACGGCUGAAGUCCGCGCCAAGGACAAGCAGCGCGUGGAGGAGGUGGCGGUGGUGGAGAAGGAGUGGCAGGAGAAUGUCGAAGACUACAACAGACUCUGUGAUGAGUAUCAAGAGUUUCGGGACGAGGCCGAGAAGGAGAUCGAGGAACUAAGGCGACAAAGCCUUGCCAGCAUUCCUGCUGGCAACGUCUUGGUAGAUGACAGAGGUUGUGCUGCUGCCACUGGCAAUUCUUCAGCCAGCACCUCCUCUGUCAGCAACCAAGACGUUGCCACGCAGUCUGCUUCCCCAGUCUACCGAAGCAUUGGAACAUACGUUGACUUUGGCGCCAACAUGGCCGAACACGCUCCGGUUCCCGUUCUCGGUGAGAACCUGCAGAAUGUGUACGACAAGUUGAAUGGUGAGCACGAGAAAGUGAAGGCGCUAUACAAGAAAUGUGCAAUCAACUUGCAGAACCGUGAGAAGGAUGUCGUGCGUCUCGAAGGAUUCGUCGACGAGGCCAACAAGGCGACAGUGGCUGAGAAGGAAAAAGCCACGAAGUACGAGGCAGAGCUUGCUGCGAUCAAGAAAGCUCUGGAUGACAGAGAGGAUCACAUCGAAUACAUCGAAAAACAGCUGGGCGAGGAGCAAGAACAGGUCACGGAACUUCAAACCUUGGCCAGAAAUCACACCCUUGUGGUGGAUAAACUGCGAGAGAUGGAAAAAGAUGUCAAACACUACAAGGACAAGGAGGCGGAAAUCUCGCGGAAUUCCAGAAAUGUCUACGCUCAGCGUGACAGACUCGAGAAAGAGCUCGAAAAGUUGAGGAAAGCAGAGGGGGAUUGGAAGCGAGAACGUGGCGAGGCUGCCCGACUCGAAGAGGAGCUCAAGCAUUCGCAGGAGCUUCUGGAAUCUGCCUAUGCGCAGAUCGAGAAGUUUGAUACCGAGACAGCAGGCUUCCAAGCCAUGCCCGAGUCUCACACCGCCCCCGUAACCACCGAGUCGCUCAACAGAAGAUUGAGCAAGAGUCUCAGCCAUUUGUCAGAGACAGCAGAGCCUCGCUCGCAGCCAGAGGAGGAAGCUGGCGAGGAAGCUGGCGAGGAAGCCAGUGACAGACGUUUCUCGGAAGAGAUGAGAUACGAGAGCGACUUCGACUCGGGAGACGAGAGCGAAGAGACCGAGUUUGUUCCCCCACCUGUACCUGCUCACGACGACGACGCUGUCUUGGAUGACCAAGGCCGCCAGAUCAUUCGCGUCGACGGUCCUGCUGCAGAGACCAGAGUUGUCGAGGUACCUAUCCACGUGCCCGAAAUCCAAAUCGAGUACAGAGAUCCUGUUCCUGCGCCCCCUGCAGAGCCGACCAUCAUCCGCGUCCCGGCUAGAAUCAUCACGACCACGCGCUACGUCCACUGGUUCACGACUGAGCUCCACAUGCUCUUGUUCCUCUGGGCCUUCCUGACCAAUGUUUUCAACUCGUCGUUCUCUCGGUCCAUCCGAGGUGUUGCUACAGUUUCGCCCGAAGUAGUGGCAGGGGGGGAGCCCGGCCAGGACGGUCUUGCCCCAGCCGUCGGCGCUGGUGCUCCUCCCGCUCCUCCCGCCGUCGAGACUGAAGGCUUCAGGACUCUCCGACAACCUGUCUCGUUCUGGUGGACUCUCUUCUGGUUCCUGAUGCACUGCAUCGCGUACUACUUCUGCUGGGUCGCCUUCGACACCUACUCUGAGCGCAAGAUCUGGCGUGCCGCCAACGAGGCUACUCGCGCAAUGUUGACCAACUGGCUCAACUACCGUUAUCCCGACCAAGGCAUCCUGCAUGCGCUCUUGUCUCCCGAAUGGGCCGCCUGGGUCGAUCGCGGUGUGGUGAAUACCGUCCGGUAUGCCCUUCACGUCGAGUACACGCCCUACCCCAUGCCGGGUUAG